AUGGACACCCCAAAUGGCGCCGCAUCACGGCCCCGCGUCCUCUGUCCCGAGAAGCUCUCCCAGGACGGCCUCGCCCUCUUGCGCAAGACACUAGACGUCGACGAAAAGAAGGGUCUUUCCUCCGAGCAACUCAUCGAGAUCAUACCAGAUUACGACGCGCUUCUGGUCCGCUCAGAAACGAAAGUCACCGCACAGUUACUCAAUGCCGCCCGCCGCCUCAAAGUCGUUGCCCGUGCGGGCGUGGGCGUCGACAACGUCGAUGUGCCCGCUGCCACGAGGCUGGGUAUCGUCGUCGUCAACUCGCCGAGCGGGAAUAUCCAGGCUGCCGCCGAGCAUACCAUCGCUUUACUGAUGAGCAUGGCGCGUAACGUGCCCGAUGCAUGUGCGAGUCUCAAGGCGGGCAAGUGGGAACGCAGUCGGCUGGUGGGCGUCGAAGUCAAGGGGAAGACGCUGGGAGUGGUUGGACUAGGAAAAGUUGGCCUCAUCGUUGCGCGAAUGGCUCGUGGCUUGGGCAUGAAUGUCGUCGCUGCCGACCCGUACGCCUCCGCAUCGGUCGCCGCGGCCGCUAACGUCACCUUGGUCGAAUCUCUAUCCGCCCUGCUCCCGCUCUCCGACUUCUUAACGAUCCACACCCCCAUGCUAGCCUCAACGCGGGGGAUGCUCUCGUCGUCCGAACUCGACACGAUGAAACGAGGAUCUCGCAUUCUGAACGUCGCUCGCGGCGGCAUCAUUGAUGAGUCCGCGCUCCUGUCUGCCUUGGAAAGUGGCCAUAUCGCAGGUGCUGCGAUCGAUGUGUUCACGUCGGAGCCGCCAGCCGGUGACUCUGCGGCUGCGAAAUUGAUUGCCCAUCCGAAGUGCAUCGCGACGCCGCAUCUCGGUGCGAGCACGGUCGAAGCGCAGGAGAAUGUGUCCAUCGAUGUAUGUGAGCAGGUGCUCCAGAUUCUGGCGGGUGACCUGCCGCGAAGUGCUGUCAAUGCGCCGAUUAUCUUGCCGGCCGAGUAUAAGACGUUGCAGCCUUUUGUUAGAUUGGUCGAAAAAAUGGGCUCCCUCUACACGCAACACUUCACCUCCCCAAAUCAACCUUUCGGUCGCAACUUCAACACAUUCGACCUGAUCUACGAAGGCGAGCUGGCGCAAAUGUCCAGUACGAAACCGCUUUUCGCCGCGCUGAUCAAAGGGCUUACUUCACCUAUCAGCGACGCCGAGGGGUUCAAUGUCAAUAUAGUCAAUGCCGAGAUGGUGGCCAAAGAGCGUGGGAUCUUCGUGAAUGAACAGAAGAGUCGCGAUCCGAGUACGCAGGCAUAUAGCAGUCUCGUCACGCUGGUAGCGCGCAGUGGGUCGAGAGCCCCGAGCUUGAGUCGUGCUACAAGCGCGAACGACACCAGGAUCACAAGUAUUGCAGCGACGGCGAAUGCAGGGGCUUUGGGAGGAGGAGGACAAGGAGAUGUUGGAACCCAACAUAUCAUUGCGGGCUAUUGCAGCGACAAUACGCCCUUCAUCUCACGGGUUGACCGUUUCGCGACGAGUUUCGUGCCCGAGGGAACAUUGCUGAUCUGUCACAACUAUGACUCGCCGGGAAAGAUUGGGCUUGUGGGGAGCAUCCUAGGCAGGGAGGGGGUGAAUAUCAAUUUUAUGAGCGUGGCACCGGCAGCGCAUACGGCAGCGAACGUGGUCAAGGGCGACGGCAAGGAUGAUGGAGCCUUGGAGACGAAUGAGGCGCUUAUGAUUUUGGGCGUGGACAAGGAGGUUGGCGAGAAUGUCAAGAAGGAGCUGGUCAAUGCCAAAGGCGUGCUGAAUGUAAGUAGUGUCACGUUGUGAGUGGGAAGGAGAAGCACCGGGCCAUUGGGCCGUUGGACACGUGGGAAAUAUGAGAAAGGGGCUCGACAUCUUACCGGGUGGGCGGCGUAUU